AUGCUGCGGGUGUCGCUUGCCUCGUGCGUGUCAUGUCGCCUGCGUCGCGUUGCCGGACCCACGUCCUGUGCUGUGGCCGCAGUCGUCGCCGUUUCGUCUUCGCCAACGGUGCCCAAGAGAUGGACAUCUCUUCCCAACGCACGGGUCUCCGCGCAGCGCUUCUGCAGUACGAGCGCCAGCGGUACCCAAAGUGCUUCCAGCAUCAGCUCGCCCCAUUGCUCCGCAUCGUUUCCACCCUCUACCCCAUCUGCUGCCCCAACGGCGGCAGGCACGUUGACCAACGGCGCCAUCUCGGGAGGCGGCUGCGGCAGGGCGUGCCUGACUGCACACGGCGCCUCCAUUGCUUCCCUCCGCGCCGCCUUUCACGGCAGCUGCGUUGAGAGUGGAUGCGUUCGCGAAGGCGACGAGGUCACCGUGCGGGCUCGCUUAGAACGGAUGCGCGGCCGCGGCAAGCUUGCCUUUCUUCACCUCCGGCAGCCGCCGCUGGAGUCCGUGCAGGCAGUGUGCGAGGGCAAAGAGCUGACGAAGCAGGCGAAGAGUAUUACACCAGAGUCCAUUGUCGAUGUCACGGGCGUCGUGCGCCGCGCGGACACCCCUGUGCAGUCGACCACGUGCCAGGGGUGGGAACUGCAGGUGACGGCGCUGCAUGUCGUCAGUCAGGCGGGCACCCCGCUACCGUUUCCGUAUCACGACACCAACGCAAAGCUGGACACCCGCCUCAACCACCGCGUUAUGGACCUCCGCACCGAAAAAAUGAUCGCGACGUCGCGGCUCGUGUCAGCCCUCGGGCAGAGCUUCCGCAACGAGCUUCUCGCACGCGACUUCAUCGAGGUGCACACGCCGAAGCUGCUUGGGGCCGCUUCGGAGGGCGGCAGCAACGUGUUCCGGGUGGACUACUUUGAGCGCAAGGCGUACCUGGCGCAGUCACCGCAGCUGCACAAGCAGAUGAUGGUGAUGGGCGACGCGAUGCGGGUGUUUGAGGUCGGGCCGGUGUUUCGUGCCGAGAAUAGUCUGACGCAUCGGCACUUGACGGAGUUUGUUGGUCUUGAUGGUGAGAUGGUGGUCAAAGACAGCCACACGGAGGUGCUCGACGUGCUGGAGCCAGUCAUGUGCGCCGUUCUGGCGCACCUCACACAGCAGCACGGCAACCUUAUCGAUGCUCUCUGGAAGCAGCAACAGCAGCAAGGGGAAGGCCUGGAAAACGGUGGCGGUGAUCCGCAACCUGCCACCGCUGCGGAGCCGCCUCGCUGUGGCAGUCACGGCCACGCGCCGCGUGAUGUGUGCUGCCAGGUUGCACUGGAGCGCAUGGCGUCCUUGGGGAUCACCACAGACACCUCUCCGACGACGCGGACACCGUUCAAAAUCUCCGCGCACGUGGAUCCCUAUCACGCUCGCGUGGGCGGCGACGGUAGCGGGUGCCGCGUGCUGCGCAUGAGCUUCGCAAACGCGUCGCAGCUGCUGGCGGACUGCGGUGGGCCAGAGGCCAUGGCGGACUGCACACGGCCCAUUGAGGACUUUACGCUGCCGCAGGAGCGCCGCCUUGGCCAGCUGAUAAAGGAGCGCUACGGGGUCGACCUCUACGUGAUCGACGGCUUUCCUUCCUCUGUCAGGCCUUUUUACACGAUGCCGGUGGACCCAUCGAUGCCGGAUGGCCCAACGCGGAGCUACGACAUGUACCUACGUGGGGAGGAGAUCUGCAGUGGCGCACAGCGUGUCCACCAGAUCGAGCUGCUGGAGCAGCGACUGUCGGCGAAGAAGGUGGACAAGGUGAGCGUGAAGGACUAUGUUGACUCCUUCCGCUACGGCGCGUGGCCACACGGCGGCUUCGGCCUGGGGCUCGAGCGCAUUGCCCUCUUCUUCCUCGGCCUCAGCGACAUCCGGCAGGUGUCACUGUUCCCACGCGACCCGAAGCGGAUCACCCCGUGA